ACUGGAGUAAAGAUGGAGAACAACACCACUACUUUCCAAGAUAUUGCUCGGGUUUUAAAUCUGACGGCAAUGCCUCUGAACUCUGUUGAGGAACAAGUCAUAACCAUUUUUUUAACAGUGCUCAUCUGUGGCAUUGGGAUUGCUGGAAAUGCCAUGGUUGUGCUUGUUGUUUUGCGCACCAAACACAUGGUGACACCAACAAAUUGCUACCUCGUUAGCUUAGCUGUGGCAGAUCUUAUUGUGCUCCUGGCUGCAGGCCUGCCGAAUAUCUCAAAUGUAGUAGCUUUUUGGAUUUACGGCUACACAGGUUGCUUGUGCAUAACGUAUCUUCAAUAUCUGGGCAUCAAUGUGUCGUCUUGCUCCAUCACAGCAUUCACAAUUGAACGCUACAUAGCAAUUUGUCACUCAAUAAAGGCACAGUUCAUAUGCACAGUUUCUAGAGCCAAAAGGAUUAUAGCUGGAAUCUGGAUCUUUACUUCGCUCUACUGUACUAUGUGGUUCUUCUUGGCAGACACUGAAGAAACCAUCUACACCAAUGGGGUGGUUGUUACAUGUGCUUACCGUGUCUCAAGGAGUCUCUACAUGCCAAUCUACUUUCUUGAUUUUACUCUUUUUUAUGUGGUUCCUCUUAUUGUUGCCACUGUGCUCUAUGGGCUUAUUGCGAGGAUUUUGUUCAUGAGUCCUCUCCCAUCCAAUCUAAAUGACCAGGCAGGAGGAGGAUCCAUUCAUCAAGGUCACUCCCAGAGCACCAACAGGGCCAACAAAGGAGCUGUGACUGCACGAAAACAGAUAACAAAAAUGCUGGCUGUGGUGGUGAUCCUCUUUGCAAUGCUGUGGAUGCCUUACCGAACAUUGGUGGUGGUUAACUCCUUCAUCGACCCUCCUUACCACAACAUCUGGUUCCUCCUCUUCUGCCGGAUGUGCAUCUACACCAACAGCGCCAUAAACCCCAUUGUUUACAACCUCAUGUCACAGAAGUUCCGCAUUGCAUUCAAAAAGCUCUGUAGGUGCCGCUACCAAGGCAGGGAGGCAGAGUACAACAUGCCGGUUUAUUACAGCGUGAUGAAGAAUUCCCUACAUGGGAGCAAUGAACCAGUGACAGAGCAGGAGGAACUCAGUGGUCAAACAUCAAAUAGGUUCAACAUAAAUGAAGACGCUGCAAGUGCACUGAGUAGCUCUUAAUCAAAGCUGUUAACUCUGUUUACAGAUAUUCCUUUUUUUAUGGCUAGGUUUUCUGUUAUUUCUAAUAUGGA